AAGUCAGUAGAAGUUCAAAAGCUAAAGCAAGCAAACAAAACUUCAAUAACAAAAAACUUCAAUUCAACUAUUUUAGUUAAAACUCAAGCUUGGAAAUGCGUGGAUUCAUUGUUUUGUGUUUAUGUGCCGUGUCUAUGGCUGCCCCUCAAGGUUAUAAUUACAAUCAAGGUGGUGUAUCAGUGCCACAAUCUGGACCUGGUGGUUUUGGUGGCAGUUUUGGCGGUGUAGCUACUACUGCUACUGGUGGUGGUGCUUUCUUCCAAGGUGGUCAAAGUUUACAACAAUCCAGCUUUGGAGGACACCAACAAGUGCAACAGCAGCAUCAACAAGCUAUUGUUUCAAAACGUUUCUUUAUACACUCCGCUCCUGAAGAUGUAGAAGAAGAUUACAAAGAAAAACACAUCACUGUUGGUGUACCAAAGAAGAACUACAAUGUUGUGUUCAUUAAAUCCCCAUCUAAAUCAAACAAGAAGACUGCCAUCAAAAUUAGUCCUGCUCCAAAUGAGGAAAAGACUGUCAUUUAUGUGCUCAGCAAGAAAACCGAUGCUUCCGAUAUCCAAGCCGAAGUUAUUGAACAUCCUACCACCACUGCCAAACCUGAAGUAUUCUUCAUUAAAUACAAGACCAACGAAGAAGCCAACCAUGCCCAAGAGCAAAUUCAAGCUCAAUAUGAUGCUUUGGGUGGUACCAGCCAAGUUACCGACGAAGGUGUUGCUCCAGUUACUUCAGUUAUUGGUUCAUUGGGUGGUGAUGCCGGUGCUACUGCAGGUGCUGGUGCUCAUGUUGGUGGCUCUGCCAACUUUGGUGGAGUUCAAAACGGCUCCGGCAGUUUUGGCGGUGUUCAAUCUGGUGCCAUUUCCGGUGCUACCAAUAGCAAUGCUUAUUUGCCACCAAAUUUCUAUUAAAUGAUUUCUCUAGUUAGUUGAAUUGCAGUCUGACUUUACUUUUUACAAAAAAAAAGUAAAGAGGACAAAAUAUUGUUAUUGUUGUUUGUUAAUAUUUUGUUAUUGUGUUUUGUUAUACAUAAGUAUUAAUGUUUAGUUAAUCUCCUUUAUACAUUUUAGUAAUAAAUUGUUUUAUAACUAUUUUUUUAAAGAAAUAUAAGUUUUAAAUGUUUUCUUUUAAACCUG